AUGAUCUAAGCAAUUAAAAAUACAACUCUAACUGAUCUUUAAGUCAAAACGCUUAAUAUCAGAGAGAAGGAGCUUAACUACUGGACAACAACUUUUUAAACGAUGGCUUCAUAAAGUGCCUUACUGGCUGGUAAUCAAAUUUUGUUGUUUAAUUUAAUAGGCUUUUGCUAUGGAGGACUCAGUGUUCCCAUCAAUGAAAAAAUUUCAUCAUUUUGCGUCAUGUUUGGACCUGGAUUGGCUCUAAGAGGUGGCGAGGGUGCAGUUUCUAUGCAUAAAGCUGUCGAAAACAUGAAAAAAGAGUCUAAUCAAUGUUUCAUAUUUUUCAUCCUUCAACUGUUAUUUUUCCAUGUUAGCUCAUUCUUACUAAUGUGGCUUUACUAUCCAUUUAAAGUAGCAUUGAUUAUUAACAUCAUACUCUUGGUUUUCUUAAUAGUCUUUGUUAAGAAUGGUUAUGAAAUCUAUGAUAAAUUAUAUGUCAAAGAGGACGAAGCAGUGACUGGAUAAUUCCAAGAUUUCGGCAUGUAUGAAAAUAUGCAUGAUCUUGACAGAAAAAGAUCAUUGCCUAGUUCUCCUUCUAAAAGAAUCAGGAAUAAUAGUGAUUAUGAGAUUCAAAGAAAUAGCGUUAAUAAGUUAGAUAUAAGUAAUAAUAUCUCACAAGAUGCUAAAAAUUAGAAUGGCAAUCCAUUUGAAAUAAAAACAAAGCAAACUUAAGUUGCCCUAGAUAAUGCCUAUUAGUAGAGUAAUGAUUUUCUCAUGAGUGCAUUUAGAGGCGUAUUCUUCAAACCUAAUUCAUAGUAGUAGCAAUAACAACAGCAAACUAGAUUGUGA